AUGGUCGGUGCAGCCUACGCCCGCGUUCCAUGUUCCAUACCGACGCUGAACGGGCCCCGGAAUGACGCUGGUGUCGGUGACGGUGUCGGUGGCGAUGAGCAGCGCCCCCCAACAAACUUCAACAGCAACAACGGCGGCGGACUGAUGGCGACCGCUACCGCUGCCCUUGCCGUCGACAUAACCCAGUACCUUCACGAAUUUAGGUGCCAUCAGCGAAGAGCGGCGGAGGCCAGAGCCGUGGGCGCCGACUUGCGCCUGGUGCCGCUGGCACAACAGCCUCGUGCCCCGGAUCGCUCCGGAAGUUCGGCCCCGCCGGAACCAGCUCUGCAGCGGCAUCCUGGCCCGGAGGACGAUCGCUCCGGAAGUUCGGCCCCGCCGGAACCAGCGCUGCAGCGGCAUCCUGGCCCGGAGGACGAUCGCUCCGGAAGUUCGGCCCCGCCGGAACCAGCGCUGCAGCGGCAUCCUGGCCCGGAGGACGAUCGCGCACCUGUCGGACGAUCGAUAACAUCGCAGCGCAGCACACGAAAACGCCGGUGGCGUUCGAUGGUGUUGCGCCUGGUGCCGCUGGCACAACAGCCUCGUGUCCCGGAUCGCUCCGGAAGUUCGGCCCCGCCGGAACCAGCUCUGCAGCGGCAUCCUGGCCCGGAGGACGAUCGCUCCGGAAGUUCGGCCCCGCCGGAACCAGCGCUGCAGCGGCAUCCUGGCCCGGAGGACGAUCGCUCCGGAAGUUCGGCCCCGCCGGAACCAGCGCUGCAGCGGCAUCCUGGCCCGGAGGACGAUCGCGCACCUGUCGGACGAUCGAUAACAUCGCAGCGCAGCACACGAAAACGCCGGUGGCGUUCGAUGGUGAUGUCCAAACGCCCAGCCACCCAGUGGUACGACGAGUACGCCGAUAGCGAUCUACUCUAG